ACUGAGUAGUGACUACAUGCUCUCUGGACUUUUACUUUUCUUUUCGACAAACUCGGUGCUAUAUAGUGCUGUUGUUAGCGCCAUUAAGCGCUUCAUUUCUUAGCGGUGUGUUGUGGAAAGCAGACGUUGUGAAGAGGAAAUCAAAGAAACACAAACAAUCAGCGCGAUGUCUUUCCUGGUGCUAUUGCUCAUUCUCUACAUCAUUUGGGAUGUUAACUACUUCAUUCGUUGUAUUUUCACUGUGCUGGCCGGUCGUCUGUUCCAGAGUAAACGCAAAGUCACCGAUACCACAACCAUCUAUGGCCUCUGCACCUCACAAGAUGUGGACAUCUUCAUUAGGCACAUGAACAACGCACGCUACUUGCGUGAGCUGGACUUUGCACGCUUCCACUUUUAUGCGCUGACCGGUCUCUAUGAGCAGGUGCGCGCGCGCAAAGGUGGCGCCGUGCAGGGCGCCUCGAGCGUGCGCUACCGCCGCACCAUACCCAUUUUUCAUCCGUACAAAAUCCAAACCAAAUUGAUUUGGUGGGAUGAGAAGGCUAUUUAUUUGGAGCAAUCCUUCGUCACACUCUCAGACGGGUUUGUACGCGCUGUGGCGCUGUCCAAGCAGUGCAUCACCAAUUGUGAUGUGACCGCAAUUAUGAAGACCUUCCCUGAAGCGGCGACACGUCCGGAAAUGCCGACGGAGCUGAAACUGUGGUUGGACUCGAUUGAGUUGUCCAGUCAGAAGCUGCGCAAGGAUAAAUGAGCGUGCUCUCUCUCUUAGUUUCUAAACUCACUAAUUUAGUUAUUUAGUUUUACUUUUUAUACCUUUUUUAUGAACCGUUAGCGGUGUGGAAAUAAAGUUUUUAGCUAUAAACUA